AGAGAAGCAGGAGACUCGUAGUUAUCAGUCGGGCCUUCAUUACAAUGUAUUUCUGACGCUGUUUAUUUGUCUUGUUUGUUUUUAUCUAGUCGUCUUGAAGUAUUCUCCGAAGGUUUAAUUAGUUGGCUAAUGUUUGGGUAGCUAGGCGGCUAAUGUUCCUUGUGGUUCCUACUUGUUGCUAACCAGUCGGAGCAUCCUUCACAACAAUGAGCUGGACUGCGGUUUAUAGACUUCAACUGUUUCAGUUAUCGUCUCUGGUUAUUCGGAUAGCUUUCUUUCUUAUCUGAUUAUUCAAAUUAAGAUGACAAAGCGUCAGUGUCGUUUUCCGAUGUCGUGUUUAUGUCGUGUAGAAAAAGUUCUCAACCAUCCCACCCUGCCGAGUCAUCUGAUUAACAGCUAGCGUUUGUAGUCGUGGCCGCUGAUCGUCAGCCGUUCUUCCAUGUGUUUUCCGCUGGAUAUGUCUCAAGCCAUGGACACGUCCAGCGAGUCAGACUCAUACGAGAGGAGGAUGCGGGGACACAAGCCCAGGGGGCGUGAAUCCCGCCGGGACAGAGCCAGAGACAGCCGGGGUGGAGACGAUGGGCGAGCCGCAGAGAUCUCUGGCAAAAUCAGCACCCUGGCAAACACCUUACAGGACACCAGUAGGAACUUGACCAAAGUUGACAGAAUGCUGGGUCAGUACAGGGAGCAUGCAGAUGAUCAGGCUGAAGCCAUGACUCUGCUCAGGGAGAGCUUAGAGGAUUCAAUCAAUCAGCUGCAGACACCGAGGUUGAGCAGAACCAACGAGGUCCGCAGUUCCUCGGCCUCUACCCUGCACACCAGUGACCUGGAGGCCUGCUCAGCAUCAGAGGGCCAGCGGUUCUAUCCUACCUCUCCACUCAGGGAUUACACUGGCAGUCCGAGAAGGAGGAGAAGGUCUCAGUCUGCUGGCGUUCGCUUCAAGGAUUCCAACCUGGCUGCAGAUAAUGUUCAUACGGUGCAUCAGACGCUGCGGGAUCUGCGCUGUGACCAGCAGAGGCUGUCUGAUGACCUGGAUAGAGAAAUCCUCCGGAGGAAUCGGUAUCUGUCUGAUAUUGACACCAGGCAGGCGAUGGAGAAUCUCACGGACCACAUGACGGCUUCCCAGAGGCAGGACUCGGUGUCAACUCGCGUGGAGAGACGUCUGCAGGAGCUAGAGAGAGAGAUGCAGGCCGAGCAGAGGAGCAACGAAAGAGAGAGAUGGCCAGAGAGGCGGGCGGCUGGGGGCGACAACCAGCAGGAGAUUUUUGGGAGGUGCCAAGUUCGAACCGAUGACGGGGAGGAUGUCAUGACAGCAAGACUUCUACAAGCAGAGAGGGAAAAGAAGAAGAUGGAGCAGGAGCUGGGGAGAGCCAGGAGAUUACUGGAGCAGUCAGAGGACAGCAGGGAGUCCCUCGUUCAACAGGUCGAAGAUAUCCGCGGCGAGCUGCUGAGGACAAGGGCUGAGAAGACGGCGCUUCAUAGGACACAAACGGAGGCUUCUCAGCUCAGCACUCAGCUGCAAGCCAGCCACACUGAACGUGAAGGAGGAAGAGGUCAAUUACAAGGGUCAGAUCACGCUAGGCUGGAGAGAGAGGUGGCUGAGCUGCGGGCCCAGCUUCACAAGGCCUCGGUCCAGGGCGAGGUCGAGGAGCUGAAGAGGACCCUGGAGCGUAAGGAGAGAGAGAAUCUACGCCUGAGUUUACAGGUCAAGGAAUUAUCAUCCAACCUGGAAGGACGGGAACAGCAGCAGCUGCGGAUUCUGGACCAGCUGAAAGACAUACAGAGCCACGGGCAGACAGAGAGGAGAGAGAUGGAGGCCUUGCUGCAGGAGAGCACAAGGAGCAGAAAUGAAUUGAAGACCAGGGCCCAAGAAGCUGUGCGCCAGUGGAGGGCAAAGUGCAGGAGGCUGCAGAAAGAACUGGAGGAUGCACAGGCUGAGGGUCGACUUCAUGAAGACAAGGCCCUGCAGGCCUCCAGGGAAAAGGAGAGCUCCCAGGCCCAGCUCAGCCAGCAGACCGAGGCAGCCCGCAGGGAGCUCGGUGAAAUACUAGGCCGUUUGGCCCAGUGCAAAGAGGAGCUCCACCGCAAGGACAUGGAGCUGUCGGAGACUCAGCAGCGCCAGUUGUUGCUGCAGCAAGAGAUCCAGGAGGUGAGGGAGGCCUCAGCUACCUUGGAGCAGGAUGCUCGGUGUCAGACCUCCAUCCAAGCGAGACUAAGAGAAGAGAACCAGAGACUGGAAGAACAAGCCGACAGUCAAGCCCGUCGUCUCCAGAGGGACCAGGGUGCUCAGGCCGAGCUCCAGGCUGCCUUAAAGCAAAUGACCACCUCACACGCACAGCUGUCCCAGCGAUUGGCCGAGGAGGAGAGUACCAGAAAGGAGUUUCAGAAGAGCUCUUUGGAACUUCAGGCCAAGCUAACGUUGCUGCAGGAGGAACGCUCUGCUCUGAGCCAGCAGCUGCAGCUCGAGAGAGAGGUCCAUCAGAAGGAACUGGAAAACAUGAAAGCCAUCAUCAAAGACGACAAGACGAAGAAGGAUCGGGAAGUGCAUGAAAUGCUCAAACUCUGCCGACAGGAAAAAGAUGAAAUAAAGGCACAACUAAGAGAAGUUAAGGCAGAUGCAGCGUCAGACAAGGAGCUGUGUGCGGCGCUGCACGUCAAGUUGGACAGGAUGAAGGAUGAGUGCGAUAAGCUGCUGGCGCAGCUGUGCACUAAAGACAAAGCGCAUUCUCUUCUCCAAAGAAAACACCAGCAACUCAAACAGGAACUGGAAGACAAAGUGAGAUUAGGGGAGCAGAGACGUCUUUCUGAGUCUGAGCUCGUGAGGCUGGAGAAGAAGCUUUUGACCAUGGAAGCAGACCAAGAAACGGUCCUUACUUCUCUCGGGGAGGAACUGGAUGCAGCCUGUCGUAGCCUGGCGAGGAACGGAGAAGACAAACUACAGGCGAUCUCCCAGAGACCUGGAUUAGUGAAAGAUCCUCAUCGUUGGCUCGCUGAGACAAAGACCAAGCUGCGCUGGCUGUGUGAGGAAGUCCGAGAACGCGACACGAAGGAGCGGCGCCUGAGGAAGCAACACCAUCAGACCCGGGAUCAGCUGCAGGCUCUCAGGCAGAGCUGCGACUCGGAGCAGGAAACUCUCCUUCAGCGCCUGGACCAACAGGAGAGGCUGCUGUUCUCCCUCAGUACGGAGAAGAAAGAGCUGCUGGAGAGGAGUCGCAAGAAAGAGGAAGAAAUGAGAAGCCUUCAGGAUCGUGUAUUGGAUCUGGAGAUGAACACGAGAGUAGCACUGGAGCACUUUGAGUCGAUUCCAGAGAAGAACUGUCUGAUGGAGGACUUCAAAGAUUUGGAGGAAUCACAGCACCAGAAGGAGUUUGUAGAGCAGCGCUAUGUUAAAUACAGAGAGAUCGUCCGGGACCUGCAGAAUCAGCUGGACGAGUCCAAACGUAGAAUCCAGGAGUACAGAGAUGAGAAGUUGGAUGCCACCUCCAGGAGUCUGAGACUGGCUGCUCUUUCUUCUUCCAUCAAAGGCCCCAGCACACUCCUGAGCAGCACACUGAGGUCUGACUGUCUCUCCCCUCCCAGACGUCUGACCACUACAGACCUGGAUGACUCCACAGACGAGGGGUCUCGACUGCUCGUGCAUUAGCUCAGUGGUGAUUAAACCGAUAUGUGGACCAUUACAACACUCAGCAUUUCCUGCUUGGCGCUCACUCACAACAAGCUCGGCUCUAGUAGGAGUCCCUGGGUUCAACGCUAAUCCUCUUCAAGUACCCCGGGAACAUCGUCACUGAUGUGCUCGAGAGCAGCGUGGUCAGAGAGGUUUCAUAAACACAUGGAGGAGCUGCUGGUCUGUUCGCUGUGAAGGAAACACAACUGUGAAGACUUUUAAUGUUGUUUAGACACACCUGUAUUUAAAAUAUUUAUAAAGCUUGAAACCAAAAAUAGUUUUAUUUUUACAUGUCUUGAUAUUGUUAUCUGUCCAGCAGCUGUUUCAAAUACUUUUUAAACCAAUGAUCAGGCCAAUGUGUAUGUGCUAACAUUUUAUAUAGACUAACAAAGCUCUGGUGCCUUUUUAACAAGCUGCAGUCGUUUUUACUAACAUGUUGUACUUUCUUUGUUGCGAACUGUUUUACUAUGUCUUCGUUUCUGUGCGAUGCACUAUCUACUCGUCAAGGAAACAAGCACACAUGUCUAUUUUUCUGAAUUGACCCAGAAAUGCACUGCGAAUAAAUCUGCAUGCAGUUGAAAGUCCAACAUUGUAAUCCUUUAUUUCGAUAUGCAGCAUUUUUUAUAAUAAAUAAUAAUGAUAAAAAUGUAGUGUGUAGAAAUAACAGUCUCAGCAAGCUGGAAGGCUGUAAUACAUGUAAAUACACUUUAUGCUACGCUUACAAAUAAUUCAUUAAAGUUUUUAAUAUUUACUUUUUAAAGGUAUUUGCUUUUAAAUAGUGCUUAUCUUUAACUUAGUAACCUUAUGUACCAUUAUGACCUAAAUAAAAUUCAUAUUUUUA